UUCUGACAUUCGGAGCCAAUAUACAGACACGAUUAGUUAUCCACAUGAUCAUCUUCCCAAUUGGCCCGACAUGGAGAAAGCGAAGAGGUUUCUGAAACUGACGGACGAUGAGUCCGAAAGCGUGUCGCGACUCGUCGUUCCCUGUCACCAAGCCGGUAACUCCAGCUUCUACGAGGAUUUCGCUCUCAGAGGAAUCCGAGUCGACCGAGUUGAACCCGGACUCGUGGCUUGUACUUUGAAGGUUCUUCCUCGCUUCAUUGAUAGGGAAGGAAAUUUAGCUAACGGUGAGAUCGCAAAUCUUGUGGAUGAGGUUGGUGGUGCCGUAGUUCAUGUCGAGGGUCUGCCUAUGAACGUCUCGGUGGACAUGUCCAUCUCAUUUCUUACGACCGCCAAGCUCAAUGAUGAGUUAGAGAUCACUGCAAGAGUUUUAGGACAAAGAGGGAGGUACUCUGCAACAGUUGUGCUGGUGAGAAACAAAGCAACUGGGGAGAUUAUCGCUGAAGGUAGGCAUUCAUUGUUUCGUCAACGUGCGAGCAAAAUCUGAUUAUAAUUAUUACAUGUGAAAGGAAAAUUUUCCGGGGUACAUUUAUUCUGAAUUCCUGUCUUGUUCAUAUAAAUCAUACACUUUGUUUCAUCGUUUUUGUAGAGAUUUAGUAUUCUGUCUCUAAAACGGUGUUUCUGAGUUUUAGAGAGGUUGUAACUUGAAUUAAAAGGGUACUUUCAAAAGAGCCUUCUCUAUUUUGUAUCUUGCAUGUAUACAUUUUGUGUUUUUAGAAAAUAUUAUAUGUCACUUUUACAUUUCAA